GUAAACGACACUGACAGACGCCACAACUAUCAAAAAUUUUUGUUAUUCCAUUUUUAAAACACAACAUUUGAAAAUAUGCAGCUGCUGUUCAAAUUCACACCCACAUCAAAUAUCUAAGGACAACCCCAAAGGGACGUGUCCAAAUCAUUCACAAAUGGUCAUAGACGAUGAACUUCAUUAAAUUAAAAUUAAAGAAAAAUAUUGGAAAAUCAUCUACAUUAAGGCAGCAGCACCAAGACACUAACGACAAGAUGCAAUCUAGGCAUUCCUCAACUUCGGGAGUAUUGAUGGUAGGCCCAAAUUUCAGGGUUGGUAAGAAAAUCGGUAGUGGCAAUUUUGGAGAAUUGAGAUUAGGAAAGAACCUCUACAACAACGAGCAUGUUGCUAUUAAAUUGGAACCUCUUAAGUCUAAAGUGCCGCAGUUGCAUCUGGAGUAUAGAUUUUAUCAAAUGUUAGGAGAACAGGAAGGUAUCGCUAAAAUAUACCACCUCGGUAUUUGCGGUGGAAGAUACAACGCUCUGGUGAUGGAACUCCUCGGACCAACUCUAGAAGACCUCUUUUCGGUUUGUAGCAGACGAUUUAAACUUAAGACGGUACUGCUAAUAGCUGACCAGUUAAUAACGCGUUUGGAGUACGUUCACAGCAAACGAUUAAUAUUUCGUGAUAUUAAGCCUGAAAAUUUUUUGAUCGGGCGGUGGAGGACCAAAAAGGAUAAGAUUAUUCAUAUUAUUGAUUUCGGAUUGGCGAAGGAGUACAUAGAUCCUGAUACUGGAAAGCAUAUACCAUAUAAGGAACAUAAAUCUUUAACGGGCACAGCCCGUUACAUGAGCAUAAACACCCAUAUGGGUCGAGAGCAGUCCCGGCGAGAUGAUUUAGAGGCGUUGGGACACAUGUUCAUGUACUUUUUGAGGGGCUCGCUGCCGUGGCAGGGCCUCAAAGCUGAUACUUUAAAGGAGCGAUAUCAAAAAAUCGGCGAAACGAAAAGAGCCACGACGGUCGAGAGUUUGUGCGAAGGUCAACCGGAGGAGUGGGCCACGUACUUGAGAUACGUCAGGAAGUUGGAUUUCUCCGAGACGCCCGAUUAUGAUUAUUUGAGGAAGAUAUUUAGGGAUUUGUACGAGAGGAAAGGGUAUGCUGAUGAUAUGGUCUUUGAUUGGACGGAUAAAGUUUCGUGGUUUACUCCAGAUGAAAGGAAGGAAAGCCAAAAGGCGAAAACAUGAUCAAUAUUUAACGUUUACUAUGCUUUUGUGCUAAUUGAAAGAAAUAUUUGUAAAAAUGUGAAAUAUAUAUAUAAUAAUUUAUAAAAAUUAUACAAUAAAUUGUUUAUUCUAUAU